AUGGCCGCAAAAUCAGCCUCUACACUAACACGCCUCAUCCGCCCAACAUCCCUCACCAGACCCGCCCUCUUCCGCCCUCAUCAUCUACCGUCAUCCUCACCACCACCAACCUGCGCAAUCCUCACUCCCAUCCGCCCCCAACAUCGCCGCUCCUUCGCCCACGCAAUCCCCCGCCCGCCCUCGCGGAAGCUCCCCUCAAAAGAACCCUCCACCGCCGACCCCCCAACCAGCGAAAGCCAUCGACCUGAACACAAGGGCCCUGCGUUCUACCAGCUCUCCUUCACCUGCCAGCCCUGCGGCCACCGCUCGCACCACAACGUCUCGAAGCAGGCGUACCACCACGGGUCCACGCUCAUCACGUGUCCGGGUUGUCGCAAUCGACAUGUCAUAAGCGAUCACUUGAACAUCUUUGGCGAUCGGAAGAUUACGGUGGAGGACCUCAUGCGGGAGAAGGGACAGUUGGUGAAGAGGGGUUCGCUGGGCGAGGAUGGGGAUAUUGAGUUUUGGCCUGAAGAGGUUGUGGAGGAGGAUAUGUUGGCGGAUGGGGUCGAGAAGAAAGCUGGGGGUUCGUCAUGA